CCAACAGGACUUUUUUGUCGUCGGAACCCACCGCCUGUCAAGCAUUACGCCCAAGAAACGUCCACCAUCACCUGAAGUUCCUCACGCCAUCACGCCACCAACGAACCGGUACCACGAGAACUCCCGGGAGGCCCCAAAAAGGUACCUACAUACAAACAUAUACAUGGACCCACGCAUUGUAGUCCUGCAGAACGCAAAGUUCGAUUCUGUCGUCUCCAAUUCCCGACAGAACACUCAAGACUCUGUAUCAAAUUCUGAAAUGCCACCUCCGCCGGCAUACCACACAGUCAUUGAUCCCACCCCAAAUCAAAACAUGCACGCCUCGUAUGAGUCCGAUGACGCAAAGGAAGACGAUGAGAUACCAGAGAUCAACGUCAACGCAUCAACGCAAAUCCGAGGCCAUGGCAACAUCAUCAGCAUCGCGCAAAUGGACAGUGGACGCAUAGCGAGCAUGGUAGCGAUGCUACUAUAUGGCAAUGCACCACAACAACAAACAACACCGCCAGCAAGUCCAGAGCAGGUGCAAGUUCAAUCACCAGUGCUCACACCACAGCCUCAAACCGAAACGCCACAACACACCAGACGCAUCCCAAAGAUGAUCAUCAACGUCAACUGCGGCGCAACCGUCGUCGGCGAUCGAAACAUCGUCGGACCUGGUUUGGGAGAUAUCGCACGCCACAUGCAAAUCGCUCAGCGGAAUCAAGCUCUUGCUCAGCAACAGCAACAGCAGCAGCAACAACAACAACAAAAUCAGAUGCAUGGAACUCGAGCGGCAACAGCCAUGGGAGCCAAUAUCUCAGCGACAACGGCGGCUGCAGUCCCGCCACCACCACCUGGACUUGGGUUCCCGAUACACGCGCAGGCUGCUGCUCCCCCGAGCCCGCCUAUGAGUCGGUCUCCGAGCUUUGGGAGUGAGGGCUCAGCAGGUGUGAAGAGAAAGAGUGGAGCACCUCUUAAAGAAAGUGCUGUGAAGAGACAUUGUUGA